AUGGGUCACGCUAACAUUUGGUACUCUCACCCUCGCAGAUAUGGCCAGGGCUCUCGCUCUUGCCGCGCCUGCUCCAACAGACAUGGUCUUAUCCGCAAGUACGGUCUCAACAUCUGCAGACAGUGCUUCAGGGAAUACGCUCACGACAUUGGUUUCAAGAAGCUGGAUUAA